CACAACUAGUUGAUGUCGCGGUUCCGUCGCGGAAAGUUGGUCAUUACGCAACUGAAACUAGUGCCGAAAAAAAUCCAAUUUACGAGAGAUUUUUUACCAAAAAAAAAUAUUGUUUUUCUUGUGUAAAUUAAAUAAAAGUGUAAUUAAUUUAAUAUAAGGAUUCCGCACCUCAUCGGGCAUUUAUAGAAUUGUUGUUGUUUUGAUUGGAUUGUUUUUACUAGUUUGUAAUUUCAAGAUGACUCACCCUAGCCAACAAAAAACCUCAAAAAAGCCAUGAAAAUAUUUCAUUAGAAAAAACAAGAUGAAUACAAUGGGGCUAAAUCCAAAUCUGAUUACGCUAAAAUGCGUUUUAUUCCUAUUUUUUGGUGCUCUUGGUGCCCUUUUACCUUUUAUCCCCAACCACAUAACCAAACUAGGCCUGCCCCGAAACGAAGCGAUCAUAAUUUCAGCGAUAGCUCCCUUAAUAGCCCUUAUAGGCCCUCUGGUGGCCGCUCCACUAUCUGAUAGAUUAGCAGGUGGAGCUGUUGGUGGUCCAAGAAGCAAAACAGGCCGUUAUUUGCGCGUAAUGAUCUCAACAUGUUGCGUACUGGCAACGAUUUUCUAUUGGUUGCUAACUCUGGUACCACCAGUGAUGACAAGAUCACCGGAAGUGUCGUUUAUGUGCGACGAAAGCGGCGGAUUCAUUUUGCAAGACAAAUGCGGAGGCGAGCGGCCAUGUUAUGAUUGGGGGUCAAGGAAAGGCGUUGUUUUAGUCAAGAAUUGCAUUUUCUCUUGCAACACUUCGACUUCGUACAAAGGCGAAACUACGACGGCGGCUCCGCUAGAGGACGCCAGUCCCGAAUACGCCGACUACUACGACGGCGCUAUCAAUAUAAUCAACGAACCUGAAGGGGUGGCGCCACCUCAAAACCCGGCCGACUACUUGCCGGAACCCUAUCCACACUUGUGUUUUAAAAACGCUUCCGACAAUGACGUUUGUGAAGUUUACACUGAGUUUUUCUCCAUCAAGUUAAUGUUAGGAUUAACUGCUAGUUUAGAACUUCAAGAUAACACAACUGAGGAUGUUUGUAAAUAUCCUUUCGAUGAACCAUUCCAUUGCCGAAUCCCAACGAAAAAAGCCGACGAGCUGCGACGCGACAGUGGCGACCCCAAUUGCAACCCUGUAGUGACUUGUGCAAUCCAAGACCCGUACAACAACAGCAACUCUCUCUUGAAGCAAUCGCAGUGCGGCUACAACAAUAUAAGUUACUGGUUGUACCUCUUCAUCAAAUCCUUUGCGGACAUUUUCGUGGCAGCAGCAGUUACUCUGCUAGCAACAGCCGUCGUUAUAGCAACGCGCGAAACGUCAACCGGAAGAGGCGAUAUUGGCAAACAAUACGCAUGCGCCGCGUUAGGUUUCGGCCUGUUCGCGCCAAUAAUAGGCGGCUGCGCAGACGGUCGAUUUUUCGAAGCAGCAAUCUGUUUUACCGUCUUGAUGGCCUUGGCUGUGAUAAUUCUAUUGGUCGACGAGAAAAUGCCAUUGAGUCCGCCGGAAUGGUGGUGGCACACCAGGUGCGGCCUGUUGGCGUUGCCGAUGUCCGCGGUGAGGAGUUACGGCCUGGAAACGGCCGCGUUGGCCGCGAUUUUGUUCAGUUUGGGCGUGUUCUGGAAUUCUAUCGACUCGUUUUUGCCAUGGCAUAUAGCAAAAUUAUCAGCCGGUACUUCGCUCAUAAUCGGUCUGACGAUAACCGUUGGUGCAAUUCCUGCAGUCCUUUUCCUGAUUUUCGCUGAAAAAAUUGUAGAUUAUUGCGGACACUCGAAUAUAUUGAUAUUCUGUUUCGUUAAUUAUAUUUUGCAUCAUUUAGCAUUAUUACUAAUCGACACUUCGAACCCGGCACCAUAUUUACUGUUGUGCGAAUUUUUGGAAAUUUUCACCCUCCACGUCAUGUACGUCACUGCUGUCCUCUACUUACGUCAUUUGGUGCCCAGAAAAUUGACAGCUUGCGGUCAAGCCCUACCAGUGAUAGCCCAUUUCUGCCUCGGUCGUUUUGUGGGUGCGUUCCUCGGCGGAACUGCGCAUGACGAAUACCCAUACAAUUUCACCAGAGUGCAUCAGGCUUUCACAAUCGCCGCCGCCAUUGUAGCUUUUAUCUACUACUGCGCUUAUCAUUUCUAUUUGAAACCGAAAUGCGCAGCUCCCGUCCAUUUGCCGCCCGAUCCAGCUCCUGCCAUAAUACAAAGUAUGAACGGUAAUGGUUCUUAUACGCCUUUGAGAGUGUACCAUAAUAGCAAAUCGAAAAAAGGACAUUUUAGGUACUAGUGUGUAAUAAUGUAGCCAAUUGAUAAAGUUGAUGUAAAUUAUCUGUCAAAAGUCAAAUAUGAAUGCCUCGUUUCGAAUUAAAGUGUAAAAUUGACCAAUCAAAGUCGGGCAUAUAUUUGACUUUUGAUAGAAUAUUGCAGGUGUAAGAUUGGUUGCCUAGCUUGCUAUGUUUACACCCAUUUCAUUUGUUAUAAGUAAUUUUCACCCCAAUUGGUUGUAAAUAAAAAAGAAUCUAUUUUAUCUAUAAAUUUAGCAUUGUGCAGCUUUAAUAAUUAGGUACACUUUGUUUCACUAGGGUUUGUAUUUUUGACAUAAUUUGUCUGUUAUGGACGUCUUCGAUGUCAAAAGUAUAAACCCUCGUGAAACAAACUGUAUAUUUUUCUGAGUGUAUUAACACUUUUCAGGCAUGUCUUUAGCUUUUAGCAUUAAUUUUACUAGUGAGUGUUUUUUUAUAAGAGAUAAAAAUAUUUGUUGAUGAUUAAUUUAUAUUGUUAUUGAAAGACUUAUUUUUUUAUAUAUGCACUUUUUUAAUUAUUGUAUAAAUGUAUACAGGGUGUCGUAAAUUCGAGCUAUGAAAGAUACAGGGUUGACAUCAAAAUACGCAACUUUGUUCUCAUCCCAAUCAUGUGACACGAAUUUGAAACACCCUGUACAGGGCGGACUACUUUAUUUGAACACUUAGUUCCUAUUAAGCAGACCACCCUGUAUCCUCCCCUCCCAAAACAAAACAACUGAAAUAAAUGUGUUCAAAUUUUAUUCCACACUGACAAGUCUUUUAUUUAAAAAUACUCAAUGAGAAUUGCUACUCCCAUUAACAACCUUAUCAACCAGUUUAACCACUGCAGGUUUAACAGUGCUCAAAUCUGGAACAAUUAUUUUAACUGGCACCGUAUUUGGAACGUGAAAGAAGUACAACAUAAAUCCAGCUGCUAGCAACAAAUGACAGCCAAUAAUACCGAAAACCAGCAGCCACUUGUGACGUGACAACCUCAAAGCGGGCAUCAACGUCAAAAGCAACACUGAUCCCGAAACAAACGUUGCUACAAGUACCAGCAACCAUUGCAGCAAGUUAAUCUGAAUCGACCACAAAAUGGCGGCCGGAAUAUAAAUGAACAACGAAUACCCAUAAAUACAAAUCAACUCCAAUGCCCCUGGAGUAACAUCCCUGUCUUGCUCCAGCUCCUCAACAUCACUCGAAAUUAUCGUGUACCUCAACACCAUCCACAAAAUACUAGGCAAUAGCAACACGUACAAACAAAUCGUGGUAGCGGCGUACGACACCAAAUGGAAGUCGUACUUCCAGUGGUACUUGGUGCUGGCGUGUUGCAAGUAGUUGGUCACGUUGCCGCUGAUGGCGAUAGUGAAAACCAGAGUGACGCAAAUCCCAAAACGGUCCAUACAGGUCAGGUUUGGUGCGCAGGUGGUGUUUGAGGCUGUUGUCCCAUUUUGGCGUUAUCGAUGCUAGGAUGCGGUCAAGGACGUCUUUGGUGUCGACAUCGAAGAAUUUCUGGUAGUAGUCUAGAGUCCAAAAGGAUUUUGUUGAUGGCGGAACCGGCUCUGGAAU